AUGGCCCCGACGGCCCUGAAGGCCCCUAAGGCCUCUAUUGGUUGCAGUGGUCAGUCGCCUGCCACCCAUUUUGCGCCGAUGGCGUGCGGAGGCCUUCGUCGUGCACUUCCGCUCCUUCGGCAAUGCACAGGUCGCCCUGCAAUCGUGGCUGCCGGGCCAUUCUACGCACGGGGAACACAUCUCACCACUUUAGUUACACCCAGUGCGACAGCUUCCCAGGCGCCGGGACCACUUAAGAAGAUGAGCGGUGCCGAGAUCCGCGAGGCCUUUUUGUCGUUUUUCGAGUCCAAGGGUCACACCCGCCUUCCCUCGUCGUCCCUGGUUCCGGAGGACCCCACCGUACUGCUCACCAUCGCGGGCAUGUUGCAAUUCAAACCCGUGUUCCUCGGACAGGCCCCCCGCAAGGUCCCCACCGCCACCACCACCCAAAAGUGUGUCCGUACUAACGACAUCGGCAAUGUGGGGGUCACCGCGCGCCACCACACCUUUUUCGAGAUGUUGGGCAACUUCUCGUUCGGGGACUACUUCAAGGAGCAGGCCAUCCGCUGGGCCUGGGAGCUGAGCACGGGUGUGUUUGGUCUCCCCCCGGAGCGGGUGUGGGUGAGUGUGUUCGAGGAGGACGGCGAGGCGGAGGCCAUCUGGCGGGACGUGGUGGGGGUGCCCCCGGAGAGGAUCAAGAGGAUGGGGGCGGCGGAUAACUUCUGGUCGAGCGGACCCACGGGUCCGUGUGGGCCCUGCUCGGAGCUGUACUACGACUUCCACCCGGAGAGGGGCACGGAGGGCGCCUCCCUGGAGGAUGACACGCGGUUCAUUGAGUUUUACAACUUGGUGUUUAUGCAGCUGAACAGGAAGCCCGACGGCUCCCUGGAGCCCCUGGCCGCCAAAAACAUCGACACGGGUAUGGGGCUGGAGCGCAUGGCGCAAAUAUUGCAGGGCGUUCCCAACAACUACGAGACCGACCUAAUCUUCCCCAUCGUACAAAAAGCGGCUGAGAUAGCGGCGGUGGACUACCACUCGGCAUCACCCGCGGUCAAGACGGCGCUGAAGGUUAUCGGUGACCACACUCGCGCGGUGACGUACAUGUUGAGUGACGGAGUGACCCCCUCCAACACGGGCCGGGGCUACGUGCUGAGGCGGCUGCUGAGGAGGGUGGUCAUGAAGGGUCGUUUGUUGGGUAUUCGGGAGGUGUUCACUCCGGCCGUGGCGGCAGUAGCAGUGGGGCUAUCUGGGCCUUGCGACCCUGCCGUACAGAAGAAUGCACAGAGGAUAUAUGAUGAACUGGCGCGCGAGGAGGGUCUUUUCGUGGCCACCCUGGAGCGAGGUCAGAAGCAGUUGGACGAGCUACUGUCAGCGGCAACCGCCUCAACCGGCAGCCGGGUUAUUGGCGGUGCCGACGCGUUCAUGUUGUACGACACAUUUGGGUUCCCCCUGGAGCUUACCCAGGAGCUGGCGGAGGCACGGGGGGUGGAGGUGGACGUGGCGGGGUUUGACGGGGAGAUGGAGGCGCAGAGGCAGAGGUCGAAGGAAUCCAGGGAGACAGUGGACCUGACAGCGCAGGCGGGCCUAGCCCAGCUGGCGGCGCAGACACACUCCCGGAGUUGGCUCCCUCCGGGGGUCCGUAUUCCCAUCCGCACGCAACGCAUGCGUGUGGGCCCCACCUCCUUCACGGGCUACUCCGCUACCCGGGGUUGCGGUCGGGUGGUGGGCCUUAUGCGCGAGGGGAAACCCGUGGAACGUGUGCACGCGGGCGACCGCUGUGAGGUGCUGCUGGACGUGACUCCCUUCUACGCGGAGAGCGGGGGUCAGGUGGGGGACAUGGGCCGGCUGGUGCUGCCGGCGGCGGCGGGAGAGGCGGAGGUGGCGGCGGAGGUGGCGGUACGGGACUGCCAGAAGGCCGCCGGCGGCUCCGUGUUCGUACACUCGUGCGAGGUGGUGGCGGGGGAGCUCGGCGUGGGCGACGCGGUAAACGCGCUGGUGGAUGAUGACCUCCGUCGCCGUGUACGAGCUCACCACACCGCCACACACCUCCUGCAGAGCGCUCUGAAGAUAGUGCUGGGCCCGGACACCUGCCAGCAGGGCUCCCUCGUGAACUUCCAGAGGCUCAGGUUCGACUUCAACUUGGCCCGCGCCAUGAGCCCCUCCGAGCUGACCGAGGUGGAGCGGCUGGUGAACUGCUGGGUGGCGCAGGCGGCCCCCCUGGAGACCAGGGUCAUGGGGCUGCAGGAGGCCAAGGCGGCGGGAGCUACAGCCAUGUUCGGGGAGAAGUACGACGAUGUCGUACGUGUCGUGGACGUGCCGGGUAUUUCCAUGGAGCUGUGUGGGGGCACCCAUGUGGGGAAUACGGCGGAGAUCGGGGCGUUCAAGAUCCUGUCGGAGAGCGGUAUCGCCAGCGGCAUCCGGCGUGUGGAAGCUGUGGCGGGUACGGCAGCCGUGGAGUACCUUCAUACUGUGGACGGGCUGGUUCGGGGUCUGGCGGGGCAGUUGAAGGUGAAGCUGGAGGAGGUGCCCAGCAGGGUGGCGGCUUUGCAGUCCGAGCUGCGCUCCACUGAGAAGCUGCUGUCGGAGCUGAAGGCGCAACUGGCGGUGGCGCAGUCGCAGUCUCUGGUUGGUGAGGCGGUCACGGCCCCAGGCGGGUUGAAGGUGUUGGUGGCGGAGCUGCCCGGGGAGGUGGAGGCUAAGGCGAUGCAGGGGGCUCUGGGCGAUCCGGCUGCGGUACUGCUUGCCUCCCGGGCUGUGGACGGCUCCAAGGUCAACUUCGUGGCGGCGUUAAGUCCCGGGGCGGUGAAGGGGGGCCUGCAGGCGGGCAAGGUGGUGGGGGCGGUGGCCAAGGUGUGCGGGGGAGGGGGGGGUGGUAAGCCCGCUCUGGCGCAGGCGGGAGGGCGAGACGCGAGCAAGACGGAGGAGGCUCUGGAGGUGGGCAGGAAGCUGUUGCUGGGGUUGUGA